CCCCGUGCCGCAGCGCCGGGCGGGCCCCGCUCCUGCUCCCGGCGCAGGUGGCCGGGCCGCAGCGGACGCCCCGGAGCCCGGCCAUGAUGCUGCGUCUGGCUGCUUUUGCAGCGGUGCUGCUGUUCCUCAGGGUCACUUUGGAACUGUCCUGGGCCCAGGCCAUCCCCGCUCUCUUCAUCUUCUACCUGGGAUCCGGCGGAUGGGACUUCUUCCUCAUAUUCCUCAAGACCAUACGAAGGGACGUCACCACGGGGCUGGUCCUGUUGCGGGUGAAGUGGCAGGUAUGGAGGCACGUGAGGGAGAAGAACACAAUUGCCAAGAUCUUCCAGAAGACUGCGAGGAAGUAUCCAGAGAAGACAGCGCUGAUCUUCCAAAGCACGGGGGAGAGCUGGACCUUCCGGCAGCUGGACGAGUACUCCAACCAGGUGGCCAACUUCUUCUACGGCCAAGGCUUCCGCUCUGGUGACGUGGUGGCCCUCUUCAUGGAGUCCCGCAAUCAGUACGUGGGGCUGUGGCUCGGCUUGGCCAAGAUCGGGGUGGAGACGGCCCUCGUCAACUCCCACCUGCAAAUGGAGGCCUUGCUGCACUGCAUCACCAUCUCCAACUCCAAGGCUGUGGUUUUUGGGGUGGAGAUGAUGGAAGCAAUGCAGGAAGUACAGUCCUCCCUGGACAAAUCCAUCCAGCUCUUCUGGUCCGGGGAAGGAAGUCCCAAAUCCGUGCUUCCUGGUGCAAAACACCUGGACCCCCUCCUGCAGAUGGCCCAGCGACACCAGCCACCCACCCCUGACAAGGGCUUUCUUGAUAAACUCUUCUACAUCUACACCUCUGGCACGACGGGGCUGCCCAAGGCUGCCAUCGUGGUGAACUGCCGGUACUUCCGCAUGUCCAGCUUAGUUUUUUAUGGUUUUGGGAUGAGGUCUGACGAUGUGAUAUACGACUGCCUCCCGCUCUACCACGCUGCAGGGAACAUCGUGGGGAUCGGGCAGUGCCUCCUGCAGGGAAUGACGGUUGUCAUCCGCAAGAAGUUCUCAGCCUCGCACUUCUGGGAGGACUGUGUGAAAUACAACUGCACGAUUGUGCAGUACAUUGGGGAGAUCUGCCGCUACCUGCUGAACCAGCCGUACCAGGACGCGGAGCGGCAGCACCGGGUGCGGAUGGCGGUGGGCAAUGGGCUGCGAGCCUCCAUCUGGAGGGAGUUCAUGGCCCGCUUCGGCAUCGCCCAGGUGGCCGAGUUCUACGGGGCCACCGAGUGCAACUGCAGCCUGGGAAACUUCGACGGCAACGUUGGGUCAUGUGGCUUCAACAGCAGGAUCCUGCCAGGUGUGUACCCCAUCGGCUUGGUGAAGGUGGAUGAAGACACUAUGGAGCUGAUCCGGGGGCCGGAUGGUGUUUGUAUCAGCUGUAAACCAGGGGAGCCAGGGCAGCUGGUGGGUCGCAUUGUCAAGAGCAACCCCCUGCAGCACUUCGAUGGCUACCUGAACCAGUCAGCCACCAACAAGAAAAUCGCCAGGGAUGUGUUUGUAAAAGGGGAUGCUGCCUAUCUCACAGGGGAUGUGCUGGUGAUGGAUAAAUAUGGCUACAUGUACUUCCGUGACCGCACUGGGGACACGUUCCGCUGGAAAGGGGAGAACGUCUCCACCACAGAGGUGGAGGGAACGCUGAGCCGCAUCCUCAACCUGACGGACGUGGUGGUUUAUGGGGUGGAGGUCCCAGGGAUUGAAGGAAGGGCAGGAAUGGCAGCCAUCGCUGACCCAGAGAACUCCUGCGACCUGGAAGACUUUUCCAGCAAACUGAAAAAGGCGCUGCCACUGUACGCGCGUCCCGUCUUCCUGCGGUUCCUGCACGAAGUCUCCAAGACAAGCACUUACAAGUUCCAGAAGAUGGAGCUGCGGAAGCAGGGCUUUGACCCCGCAGUGGUGAAGGACAGGUUGUAUUUUCUGGACUCCAGGCAAGGCCGAUACCUGCCACUGGACCAGGCAGCGUUCGGCAGGAUCCAGUCGGGAGACCAGAAGCUGUAACCGAUGGGGCUCAAGGAAGGCACCUCCCAGAUCCUGCUGGGGAGAGGGGGCAAGGCAGGCACUGGGGAAGGAAAGGUUCACGGAGCGAUACAAAGGCACGCUAGAGAUUUUAUUUGACGAGUUUUACAGAUAAGGGUUUGGGGGGAACACAGAGGGGACCGAGGGGAGGGGGAAGGUCACAUACCAAAGCAUUGACUCAUUAUGGCUUUAUUUUCUACUUGGUACAGCGGUGGUGGUCCCAUGCCAUGAGAGGGGCAGGGCCCUGGCCAGUUGAGGAGGGGUGGGGUGCCCCUGCCAUUCCACUUUGCUUUUCCUGUCUUUUCCCUCUCUUUUCCUGCCUGCAGCAACCCUUCCUUGUGAAGGCCAUGAAGGGACCAGUGCUGAGCUCUUUCCCACUCCUCCACCAAGCAGCCAGCUCCUCCUUGGCACAGGGACCCCACUGGCAGAGGGAAGCUGGGUGCCAGGCGCAGCCCCUGCCCUCUGCGUGGCCCUGCUGGUGUCGUGUGUCUGCUGUGAAUCAGGGGAGCAGGGUAGUGUUGGGCUCAGGAGGGGGACAGGGAUGUGCUUCUGCCAUGCCUUUCUCUCUCCUGGGGGUGACAUUUCUAUUUUUCACAAUCACACGCACAUUAUAUUAUAUUAUAUAUAUAUAUAUAUAUUAUACACGCUGACUUUUUAUUUCAAUCUUAAUUUAUUAUCUAUACUUUUGAAUGUGUCCCGGGCUUGUGCAGUAGGUGGAAGGAUAGCCCAGACCUGUCCUCUCUUGGAUAGUCCUCCUCUCUCCUCUUCCAGCGUGGAUGCAGCUGGAUAUGUCCUUGUGGCCUUGCUCUAUGGUGGAGGACAUGAGCAAAUCCCACUAUCUUGUGGACACUUCUCUGGGUCUUUUACUUCCAUCUUUCGUGGAUGCAGCCUUGUUUUGUGGACCUUCUUCCUGGCAGAAAGCAAGGAGGAGAGUGGGAAGAAGGGCCUGGUUGGCCUUUGCUUAGACAUGCUCAGCACCACGGAGCAGCUCUCAGGGCUUUCCUGCCGUGAUGUCAGUGCCAUGGAUGUGGGAGAGAACGUCCUCUGGAGGGUGGCUUCUGCUAGAGCCUGACUUCAUGUGCUCUGCAUCCCUUCCCAAAAGAGCCCUCCCUGUCUCCAGCACCGGAGCCGGGCCCUGAACUGAAAUGUCCGUGUGAAACACCUGACUUGUGCUAUGUGAAUUCCCCGUGUUGUGUCCGACGUGAAACAGCCUCAGCAGCGAUGUCCGAUUCCAGUCCUCGGAGACCAUGCAGAAAUGUCUAUUCCAGAGAAAACUCUGGGAUGGGGUUUCUUCUUCUUUUUUUUUUUUUUCUUUCUAUAGUUUGUUUUUAUGCUUUUAGCAGGGUUACUCCUUAAAACAACGUCUGUCUUUUGUGAGGGCAGGGUGUGUCUGCUCUUCUAGCUGUGCUUCCACACCAACGUUCCUGCCUGCCCCAGUCUGUCCCGGUCUCACAAUUAAACACGAGUAUGGGCUA